AGACGGCGCGUCUUGUGCUCUGGGCGUCAAUUCUUCAAGGAAUUUCUAGUUUCAGACUGUUGAAGGACAAAACAGGACAGCAAAAUGAUGGCUAACAUUGGCAUGCUAACGAAGUGUUGUCUUCUCCUGUUAAUUGCCUACAGUUGCCAAGGAGCGGACGUUGCAUACGAUACGGCGUGCACAUCAGGAACCGACACUUGCACCGUGACAGGGACCGCAUGCAUUGAUGACGGUGCAGGCACUGAUAAGUGCCUUUGUGAUGGAUUUUGGGAAGCGAACACUGCUAGCGACGGUUGUGUUUGUAAGGCUACUUACAACUUAAACACAGCCGAAGACGCCUGCAUUGGAGAGGUUGGUGCCACGUGCACUGCAAGCACUGACAGCGAUUGCCUGGCAAAUGGAGUGUGUACUGGUACUACAUGCGCAUGUGGAGCUAAUUUCUUAACCGGGGCUUCAAAUGACGACACGUGUAGUGCAGGAGUGGGGGCAACGUGUACAGCUAGCGGUAGCGAGUGUAGGCACGUACCAGGUGGCUAUUGUAACACAGCAGCAACCUCCGCAGUUUGUGCCUGCGGUGCGGCGUAUACCGCGUCUACAACGACAUGUGUUGGUGCUACAUGUACAGCUGACAGUGUGUGUGUAACCCUUGACGCCAACUCUAUGUGCUACAACGGCAAAUGUCAAUGCAAAGCGGGGUACAGUGUCAAUCCGAGUGGAACAAAUUUGUGCGUUACUACUUUCGGUAGCGGAGCCAAGAGCAUUGUUGGGUCAAUCACGGUUCUGAUCGGAAGUCUCCUCCUAGCAAUGCUGUACAUGUAAAUCACUCCUUGUCGACCUCACCAAUAACGGACCAAGACAAAUGAAUUCAUGGACUUCGAUUACCAAUUCACGAGCAAUCCAACAUUUCUUCAAGGCUGUACCAUAGGCGUUGUUUCAUCGAUGGCGAUUCUGAGCGGAAGUUUCUUUCUAACAAUUCUACAUGUGCAAAUCAAUUCACUGACUGAAGAAUGUUUUAUACACAUGAUUUUAUAUACAAACAUGGGUUCCAAUAGUCAAUCAUUUUUUGCUUAAAAGCAAUGCUAUUUACGUAAAUAUUUGUCAUAUACAAUUUGGUGAACAAUGUUAACGCGAUAAGCAUAGGAAUAGAACAUUUUCAACUCCGUCUCAUUUCUAAAUUAUAAAAAUAUGUUGGUUUUAUGUUGCUCUUGUUUGUAUGGGAAUAGCUUUGCUGUGUAUUUUUUUUUGCUUUUGUAUUAAGUAAACAUGAGUUCGGCUGAACAGUUAUCUCCCUUAAUAGACGUUGGUAUAACUUUAAAGAUAUUGCGAUAGCAUUUUGCUGUUCAAGUUUUUAAUGUAGGUGUAUCAGCUUUCUUUAGGUUGAAGACGACUGAUUAAGCCUGAGCCUGUUUACACAUUCAUGUUACUCUUUUAAAGCAUUUUCAACUAGGCAUAAACUACUUGCACUAUUGUUUGAGAACAAAACAAAACUGAAAGCAGAUCUGUAAUAUUUAUAUCAGUUUUUAUAUACGUUUCUGUAAUGAUAACUAUAGUGCUGUAGUACUGACGCGAAAUUUUUUUUGAUGUGUAUUUUAAAGGGACGUUUAUUAUUCCAUUCUCAAGUGCGUAAAGACUGCGUACCGUCUGUACUUCAUUUUGAGUAUUUAUGUCCCCUUAAAUACGUUUAUUUCACAGUUGAUAUAGAAACAAGUUAUAACGUUGAAAAAUAAGAAUUGUUUUAAAUCUAUAAUUCAAUAAAUUGACCAUUAGAACUGUCUACUGUAACACAUUCUGCAUGAUUAAAUCUUUGAAAAAAACUA